GGCCGUUUGGAUGAUUGGAAUGCUUUUGCGGGCAGCUCACGGUUGGCACUGUUCCAUGCCAUCGAGUACUCUGCAGCCACUCUGAGCCACCCUCAAGUGACUUCCCAAGUGGUUCACGUGUAGCUAAUUGACUCGGUUUGCCGGGAAGUGAGACAGAGGUGAAAGUGUGUGAGAGAGGAAAAAAGGUAUCCAGCGACUGAGGGAUUAACUACAGUGUGAAAUUGACGUGAAAAGGAGAAACUUGUGGAUUAUCGCGAAGGCAAAGGCAGCAAAAAAGUGUGUAUUCUCGAGCAGCGAAGCAUUCAUCCCCGAAAUUGUGUAUAGGAGUAAAUGUAGUGUAAUUCUGCGAGUAAUAAUAUUAAUAGUGAGAAACGCGAGAGAUAAUCUGUGGAAUUUUGUACAUUCUCGUAACAUCGAGAUGCAAGGAUAAAAGCGCAAUUCUAAAUUAAAUUAAAUUAAGUUACACAUUGCCAGUUGAGGCAUAAAUAGUGUUGUUAAUCCGUAAGAAGUAAAGUAGAAGAGAAUCCCGUGUGUCGUGUGAAGUAUGUGGAAGUCCUGCAAAUAAGACUCACAAUGACAGAGUUCGAGCGUCGAAUGCUUGAGUGGAGUGUGAGCAAUGGGAAAUUGAGUCGAUCCAACAGCGCACGCGAGCAGAAGCCCGCGAGAGGCAGAGAGGCGCUCAAGGCUGGCGGGAAGGCGUCAAAGCGCGAGGUGUACUUCCUGUCGCCCUCCAGGCGGCGUCGACGCGACCAGUCCGCGUCCAAGCGGGACUCCUCCACGCUCUCCCUCAGACAAUCAACCUUCCCGCGCGUACUGCCGCCCUCGCGCAGCGCCGCGGUGGCCGAGAGCCGCCUGGACGCCGCCCUGCCCCAUCGCCGCCACUCCACGGACAUCCAGAACAACGCCAGCGCCGCCAACGACAUCUACUACUCAGACUCCAACCGCUCCGGCACGCCGCAGUUCAGCGAACCCCAUCGCAUCCCCAACCACGCGCCCGCCGACGCGCAAGGAUCCCUCAGGCGCAACAAGGGACGCAGCAGCCAGUCCCUCUGCAGCUGCGACGCCGAAACUGAGAUUAUUCCUGAUCCAGACCGCCCCAUGUGCCAGUACGGUGUUGACGGGAAGAAAAGUCACACGUACACGUGUGAGCAAAAUGCACAAAUCCUCAUGAGGCUGGAGCGAGAGCGGCAGACCAAAUUGGGCUCCACUGGGAAGAUGAACACUCUCUUCGCGGACGUGGACAUCAUUCCUCCGCCGCCGCCGCCGCUGAGGCGAAACCCGUCGCUCAGUCGUCACUAUCCGGCGACACUCAAGACCACAGUCAGUCCUCCGUCGAGCACUGGCGAGAACAUCCAGACCGGGGAUUGCAGCGUGUCGCUGCUCAACUGCGCCACUGCCAAUAUCACGUACGAGCUGAAGACCACCAAGCCGGACAUCUGCAACUUCGGCGCGCCCACGGUGACCAAGUCCGUGUCCACGAACCAACUCAGCUUCAUGGACAAUCCAGCCUUCGAGCCCGGCGGACUGGAGAGCGAGAAGGGCUGCCAGCACUUCCACGAGAACUCCGUCGAUCACUCGUCGGGCUUCCAGAAGGACGACGCCACGGUGUUCUUCUACCACCACGAGCCACCCCCGAGCGGACCCAACUUCGACACCCUCGACUAUCCAGCGAAGUUCAACACGAUCGGGCCGCACAGUGGCGAGAACUACCACAAGCUCAAGGGACACUCGAGCAGCUGCAACUUGAGCCAGUUCGGACAUCCGCACGACGGCUGCUACUUCUCCAACUCCCUGACCAACUUCACCCUCCUGCCGCCCGGACACCAUCGGCCCUACAGCCACUUCCUGGACACCUCCAACACCCUGGGCGGCUCCUACACCUCCACCCUCAGCUCAGGCACCCUCGCGAAGCACCAGCACAGCGGAUCGAUGCCCUGGCGCCACAGGCAGUGCUCCAGUCGAGCGUCCAGCAGCUCAGGAACCAGCUCAACCCGCUGGGACGUUCCCUCGAGACAUUGGCUGGCCGUAACAUCCAUUCUGCUAAUUGCCGGAGCCGCCGGGGUUGCCGUUCCACUUGCCCUCCGUGUCACGGCAGGCGCACCGCUGGAGGAGCGCGUCGAGGCGGCAACGCAACUCCUCGAAGCUGUUCCUCUCAUUGAUGGCCAUAAUGAUCUUCCGUGGAACAUCAGGAAGUUCCUGCACAAUCAACUCAAUGACUUUCACUUCGACGAAGACUUGCGAAAUGUCAUGCCUUGGGCCAAGAGCACUUGGAGUCACACGGAUCUACCUCGAUUGCGAAAAGGACGAGUCUCUGCACAGUUCUGGGCUGCUUAUGUGCCAUGCGAGGCGCAGUACAGAGAUGCAGUGCAGCUGACACUGGAGCAAAUUGAUGUGAUCAAGAGACUGACAGAGAGAUACUCACCUGAGUUGACAACGUGUGCUUCUGUGGCAGACAUCCUGGAGGCGCACAAGAACCAUCAAUUAUGCUCCCUGACCGGCGUGGAGGGCGGCCACUCUCUGGGGGGCUCCCUGGGCGUCCUGCGGACCCUCUACACAGUCGGUGUGCGCUACAUGACCCUCACCUCCACGUGCCACACGCCGUGGGCGGACUCCAGCCAUGACAUCAAGCACGGCGGACUCACAGCCUUUGGCAAGACCAUCAUUCGCGAAAUGAAUCGCCUGGGGAUGAUCGUGGACUUAUCUCAUGUGUCCGUGGGAACUGUACGAGAUGCACUGGCUGUGUCUGAUGCACCUGUGAUAUUCUCCCAUUCUUCCGCGUAUGAAAUUUGCAACUCCAGCCGCAACGUGCAGGACGACAUCCUCGUGGCUGUCGCGCGGAAUCGUGGUCUUGUCAUGGUGAAUUUCUAUUCACGAUUCCUCAGUUGCAGCGAAAAUGCCACAGUUCACGAUGCAGUCGCGCACAUCAAUCACAUAAAACGUGUGGCUGGAAUCGAUCAUGUGGGACUCGGAGCCGGUUUCGAUGGGAUCAAUUACACCCCAAAGGGACUCGAGGACGUGUCCACGUACCCGAUGCUGUUCGCCGAGCUGAUGGGCGACGGCUGGACGGCGGAGGAGCUGACCAAGCUGGCCGGCCAGAACUUCCUGCGCGUCAUGAGCGAGGUGGAGCGCGUGAGGGACGCCCAGAAGUCGGCGGGCGUGCGGCCCCACGAGGAGGUGCCCAACUUCCGGCUGGAGGAUCCCUACAACUGCACCUCGAGUUAGUAAAAUUCACACCCGCGCACAAUCAAUAAUCUCCAAAUGCCUUGAAAUCUGUAUUUUACUCGUGAAGGUAUUAUAAGUCCGUAAUAUUUAUGACGACAUUUUAGGCUCAUUUUUAUCACUUACACCGGGCGAAGUGGGAGUUAUAAUUAGAUGAAUCUAUAAUUAAAUUGAUAGCUGAAAUGAUGGACUUCUGACCAAUUGCCACAAACCUAAAGAAAAAAAACCAAGCGUGGAAAGUGUUUAGCGAUUAGAUGAUUUGUUGUGUUUUAAAGCGUUUUAUCGUGCGACGAAAGGAGCAAAAGCGACGAUGAGGUAAGAAGUUGGCAGUUGUUCGGGAGUAUUGUGUAGAGUAAAGGUAAUUUAUAAUAAAUAUAAAUCUUUUUUUAAGAGACGCAAGAAAGUGAAGAGCAGAAGAACAUAAACUCCAUAUGUGUGUAAAUAUUUUUUUACAUUACUUUCCCCCCAUCUCAUAAGGACAAAUUUUCACAUAGCGCUAAGUUAUGAUCUUUCCAAUGAAAUUUAUAUACGGAAAAUGGAUAAAAAAAUGUUCUAUAUAUACCAAAAAAAAACAUAACAAGACUUUCCAUACGGGGUAAAAAAAGAAAUGAUGUACAUGUUGAGGAUAAAUUUAAACGUCAUAUUUCUAAAUGUUGAAUUUCUUUUUCUUUUUCUCGUAUAUUAUAAGACAAAAUGAAGAAAAAAAUGUGACGAAUAAAUAAGGUUUGUUUUUUGGCACAAAAACUCACUCAUAAAUGUGUUUAUAUAGUGAAAUGAACGAUGCAAAAAUGUGGUUGUUUUUCAUUUUUGGUUUUUUUCUUUCAUAAAUAAACAUGAAAAUCUUGAUGAGAAACUUAUUAAUAGGAAAAAUAUUGUAAAGGAAAUUUCUCUAUUUCACUACAAGAUGAAAGGAGGAGAAAUAUUAAAAAAAAAAAACUGAUGAAAGUCUUUUAA